AUGUUUGGCUUCACUUCGCCGGAGGUCUUUGCCUCCCACCCCUUUCCCACGCCCCAGAUCUUCACAUGUAAUCACAACCUCAUCACGAGACCGCGCUGGUAUGCUCUUCGUAAGCGCCACUUAUACUCGGCCCGGAUCACCCCGGAUCACCCCGGCGAUGUCAACGCCAACUCCAGAGCCAUCGAUACCAAGCUGAACCAACUCAAACCCCGCUCCUCCCACUUCCCAUCCAAUGGCACCCUUUUCAAGCGCCAAAACACCACCACCACCUUUAAUAACUUAGAAAUUGACGACAGCAAUGACGACGACGACACCUCCUCCAUAACCGGGGCCAUAACCCUCCCCGGCGUCCGUCUAGGCUGUUACCGCGGUGACUCCGCCUCUUCCCGCUUGCUCCCCAGCGCUUUCACAGCCUCCGACACCCUCACCCUCGAAGUGUGCGCCAUCUUCUGCGGCUCCUCCUCUCCCUACUUCGGCGUCGAAUACGGGCGAGAAUGCUGGUGCGCCUCUUUUGCUGCCAACUUCAGUUCCACAUCCCCCAGCACCCUCGCCGCCCGUGUCCCGGACACCGAAUGCCCCCUCCCCUGCUCCGGCAACGCCGCUCGAUCAUGUGGCGCCAGCUCCCGCAUCGAGAUCUACACCAACACCCUCUUCCGUCCUCCCAGCGUCGCUACCGCGAGUCUUCCCCCCGUUUACUCCCCAACGCCUUUCUAG